CGCCGCCAACGGCCACAUUUCAUAAUUUCAAUGACGUAUUUGCUUUCCGAGUAAGGCACGAAAUGUGCCGAACUUUUGUCUUCGUCUCCUAGCCGGCUAUCGCAAGCUAAGGAGAUAACGCCAAGAAAAGGCGAAAAACGGCGAGUCCUUUCAGGGGACUACCGUGACUAGUUCACGUAGCGAUGAGCUAUUCUCACAGGGGCAACAAACCAAUAGGUGUGCCACCGCAGUUUCAACAACCACAGAUCCAACGUCAACCAUUGAGAAACUCUGCAGCACAGCAACUGAGAUCGGAUCAAGAGCACACCCAAGUCACCCACAGACAGCAAGUAUUUCACCCGUCAACACGGCAUCCAAGCCCAGUACCUAUCCCAAACACGGGAGUACUCCCCGCCAGGGCCUCCCCGUCCCCGUCCUCUAGCCCCGGCGUGGCCAACGCCGCCCCCCAGCAGGGCCUGGCGGCCAUCCCCCAGCCUGGUGCAACCCAUGACAUGAGCAAGCAGGGGGCCUCCAGCCACCCAGGUCUUGCCCCCUCGCCCCACCAGCAAGGCAAUGUGGUGGCCCAGGCGCCGCAGCAGACACCACACGGGGUGAUACUACCGCCGCCAUAUACCAUCAUACAGCAGCAGAGACCACCGCAGGUCUACAUGCAGCGAAUCAGCGGCCAGGCCAACCAGCGGGGUGGCAUCCAGCUCCAGCAGGUGCCCACCUCCGCUAAUCAACAGAUCUCUGCCGGCCAGAUGAACUCUCCGUUCCUACAGUCACAACAGCAGUUCAUGGUCAUGUAUCCACCACAGAGGGAUCAACAAGUGUACUCCCAACAAGGGCAAUACCAGGGUCAACAACAGACACAGUAUCAGCAGAGGCAAGUGUACCAACAGCCACAGUUCACAGCACAGACGCCUCAAGGACAGAUCUACCAACAGCCCAGUACACCCCCGUACUACGCCAACUCACCACCCGUCAAUAUACAGGGAGCCCCAACGUUUUUCCAGGGAUCCAACCAGCCGGGCGUGAUGGUGGCCCAGCCACAGAUCCAGCAGCGCUAUCAGGUGCCCCAGGCACCCCAAUACAACCAACCCCCAAAGAAGAAGAACAUCAUACGCAUCGUAGACCCCAAGUCCAACCAGGACAUCACGGAUACGAUCAUCCGGGAUGCCGGCAGGUCUGCCAGUAACCAGUCCCCACUUUCAGGACUUUCGAGUGCUUCAGAUACGCCUCCUGCUUCUCAAACACCUCCACAGAAUUACCAGGCAGAUGAGAAGAAGGCGGCCAUUCAGGCAACCUUCGCUGCCCAGGUAGCACGCCUGGCCCUUGACAGCCCUGCCUCGACGCCAACAGAAACCCAGUUUCCGCCAAUGGCUGAAGUAGAGCAAGCAGCGGUCCCCCCACAGCAGCAGCCACUGCCUGGACUCACCCAGAAGCCACCAGCGGUCGGGACGGAUGUCCAGCCACAACCAGGAGUUGCACCAACUGCAUCCAGUCAGGUGGUGUCAGCGGCGGCAACAGCAGAGCCCAGCCCAGCCAGCCAGGCCGUUAGUGCCACGCUGCCAGCUCCAGAAGCCAAAGCAAGGGAGCCCCCGACACAGGUCUCUCCCUCCCCUGCCCCUCCUCCUGCUGAGGUGUCUUCCAAGGAACCAAGCCAACAACAGGCAGGUGUGAAUCCCGUCGCUGCCACCGCCACUCUCACCUCCACCACCACCAGCAGUGCACCGCCUGUGCAGGCACAGUCAGCACCACCUCCGUCCACAGAUGCCGUGGACGCAAGAACUGAGAUGCCACCACCGAGUGUCAUACCCCCACGAAGGGGUGAACUCAGUAAAGAGCCCAGGGACUCACUAAAGGGUGCUCCCCAGGCGGAUGCUAAGUUGCCUCAGGAGGCUGCCAAGCAGCCUACGACGUCUGCACCCGCUGCCAAGGAUGAGUCCGAGAUAGUAAAGCCAGCUGAGACACCUGUUAUUGCCUCCCAGACAAAGUCUGAGGAGAGUUCGGCAGGCAAGGAGCCCAAGGUAGAGGAGGUGGUGACUGCGAAGGAAGUUGCCGGAGAAGAAAGUGCAGCACUGACAAAAGAAGAAGAGAGCAAAGAAGCAGCAGCAACAAAAGAACCCAGUAAAAAGAAAAGUCAGAAGAAUCGAUUCAGGGAUAUCGACAAGAAGGCCCCAAAAGACGAGGAUGAGUUUGAGGCUUACCGCUCCACCGAGAAACAGGCGGAAAACUCCCUGGAAAAAGAAGAAAGCGAGGCAGAGCCAGCGCCAAAAGAGGUGGAGAGCCCCACCCCCGAAACCCAGCCCAGCACAACUCAGGAGGCCGCCGAGAAGCCGGAGACGGAGCCUGAGCCGGAGCCGGAGAAAGGCAUGGAGGAGGCGGCGGAGGCUGAAGCAGCAGGCAAGUUGGAGCAGGACAAUGCGGUGGUGGUGGUGGUGGACGGCGAGACCGCGCAGGAGCAAGAGAAGGUGGAAUCGGAGAACGCCAAGAACAAGGAAGAGGCCGAGGACACGGAGCCCAAGGAGUCACUCAAGGACAACAAAAUCCAGCUCAAGUACACUUACAGGGAAGACCAGUGGAGCCCCAUGAAUCCGGAAGGCAAGAAGCAAUACAAUCGGGACUUUCUGCUGCAAUUUCAGCAAGACUGCAAAGACAAACCAGAAGGGCUUCCACACAUUCCAGACAUUGUGCUGGACAAGGCUGACAUAAGGCCUCCCAGUUUUGAUCCCCCAGGCAAGAUCAACAGCAGAGGAGGGGCUGACUUCACCCCAGCGUAUCUCAAGUCCCCCCGCGGUGGUCCGUCCCAGCCACAGUUCGGCCAGGGCGGCAUGCCCACCGGCGGACGCCGUUCGUCCAAGGAGCCCAAGAAGGUCAUCCAGAGAGUCUCGCAGACCAUCAAGCUGAGCGUGGCUGAGAAUGCCUGGACAAAGCGGGACAAAGACGUGCCUUCAGAUGAAGAGGAAGCUAAGACCAAGGAUCUCUUCAAGAAAAUCAAUGCCCUCCUGAACAAGCUGACCCCCAAUAACUUCCAGAAGUUGAAGGCUAAAGCCAUGGACUAUCCCAUCGACACUGAGGAAAGACUAAAAGGAGUCAUUGAUUUGGUCUUUCAGAAGGCCAUCAAUGAAUCAUCGUUCAGCAGAACAUACGCCGAGCUCUGCCGAGACCUUUCACAGUUAAAAGUGCCAGCUGCCUCAGGUAAUGGUAUGGUCCAGUUCCGCACGCUCCUGAUCAACCGAUGCCAGAAGGAGUUUGAGAAGGAGAAGAGCGAUGAACAAGAGGAGAAACUGGAAAGAGAGAAGAUUGCCAAACUGCCGGCCGACCAGCGCACCUCCGCCCUGGAGGAUCUGGCGCUGAAACUGAUCAAGAACAAGCAGCGCAUGCUGGGCAACAUCCGCUUCAUCGGCGAGCUCUUCAAGUUGCAGAUGCUGAUUGAGCAGAUCAUGCACGACUGCAUCUUCAAGCUGCUGUGCUCCAAGGACGACGAGUCGCUGGAGUGCAUGAGCCACCUGAUGAGCACCAUCGGCAAGAUCCUGGACCACGAGAAGGCCAAGAAUCGUAUUGACCAGUACUUCCACCAGAUCAGGAACCUUAUAAGUAAUAAGAAGACGUCGGCCAGAAUCCGAUUCAUGCUUCAGGACGUUACGGACCUUAGAAUGCGGCACUGGAUACCCCGGCGGGCCAACGACAACCCCAAGACCAUCGAGCAGAUCCGGCAGGACUUCAAGCGGGAGGAGGAGCAGAAGAAAAUGGAAGGCUUUGCCCAGAUCCAGGCCGCCGCCGCCGCCCCGCCUCCGCGCAUGUCCCGCAACAAGCGGGAUCAGCCCCAGCGGGUAGGUCCUCCCCAGCCCGAGGGCUGGAACACGGUGGCCUCUACCAAGGCGGCGAGGGUGUCGGUGGACCCCACCAAGUUCAGGGUGACCAAGCAGCAGAGCAUAGACGAUGACAUCCAGCUGGGUCCUGGCCGUCAGCAGUUCGGCGGCUGGAGCCGAGGCAGUAGCGGGGGUACCGCCAAGGGGCAACAGCAGAGCCAGGAACCUCAGGAGCCCAGGCAGAGCAAUCGCUUCACGAUGCUGGCUGAAGACAGACGGGCAAGAGGGCCAACGGCGGCCGAGGCCAGAGGUCGCGGCCCCCAAAGCCUGGGCGGUAAGCGGUCCAGCUCGUCCAGAGAGCGAGACCAGAACAACCGAGAGAGGCAGUCGGCCCUCGCUGAGGUGCAGAGGAUCACGGGAGCCCGCCGGUCUAACUCCAGAGAGAAGGACAGAGAGGCUGACUUCAGGAGAGGGAAGCCCGAGCCUGCCCCGGCCCCCAUCAAGGAGCCAGUCAAGUCAGUGUCUCCCGACCCCGAACUCAGCGAAGACGUGUUUGAGAAGAAGGCCUUGGCGACGAUCGAGGAGUACCUCAGCAUCAAGGACAUUGAGGAAGUCAUCUUGUGCCUGAAUGAGAUGAAGUCGCCCAGCCUGAUGCACGUCUUUGUCCGUGCGGCCAUGAACUGCACGCUAGAGAAGAGCCCGCAGGCCAGGGACUCGGUGGGCAUGCUGUUCCACAAGCUGCUGAAAGCAGGCCACCUCACCAAAGAAAAAUUUAAGGAUGGUGUCAACGAGGUAUUGAUGUAUGCGGAUGAUAUGGCGCUGGACGUCCCUCGAAUCUGGAUGUACCUGGGGGAGAUUAUUGGCGCCACAUUCCGGGACAACUCGCUGUCGUUGAAGCUGCUAGCGGACAUGAUGGAACCGGUCCGGGCCGUGGACAAGGCUGGGGACCUCAUGGCUGAGAUUCUACGAACAGCCGUCAAGUUAAAUGGUGCUAAUGUUGUAGGUGAGAUGUGGCAGUCGUCAGGCUUCACGUGGGACAUGUUUCUACCCGUCGGAGGCGAUGUAAAAGAAUUUGUAAAUAAAAAGGAAUUAGACUUCACGUUAACAGCUGCCAGUAGCAGCACGACAAAUAGCGGCGGGGACGCCAACGCCAAUAACGUCAUGACGGACGAGGAGAUGGAUUCGCUAAUGAAGCGGGAGCUGGGCUGCAUUCUGGCCAGCGGGGAGAACGUCAACAACAACGUCUUUGACUGGAUCCAGAAGAACCUUCAGAUUGGUUCCAGCUCGGAGAGACAGAGGUUAUUUAUCCGUGCCUUAGUGACAGUGGUUGUCCAAAGCACAAUACAAGGGGAAGCAGAGAGCUGCAGAAUGAACCACGAUCUACUUACAGUCCGGAUGGCCAUCCUGAAACGCUACAUCAACAACGACAACCAUCUUGAACUGCAAGCACUCUACGCUGUACAGGCCUUGAACCAGAGCUUGGAGAAUCCACCAAGACUACUAGGACAUGUCUUCAACGUCCUCUACGACGAGGACGUCAUACCCGAAGAAACCUUCUAUGCCUGGAAGGAGAGCUCGGACCCCAACGAGAAUCUGGGUAAAGGCGUGGCCCUCAAAUCUGUCACCAGCUUCUUUGAUUGGCUUCGGGACGCAGACGAUGAGCCCGCAAAGUAAAACAAAAAAAUAUCCCUCGAAUAGAAAUAUUGAACUUCUCCAAAGCUUUUCUUAAAACAAAACAAAAAUUUACCUGAAGAAAAAAAAAUGAACUUUUGACAUGACUGGAGAGUAAGCAGGGAUCAGUUGUAUAGCUAGCGUACGACCGGACGGUGUUGCUUGGAAACAAUUUUUUGCUUUAUACAUGUAUCUUUUUCACUGUGAGAGUUUCUAUUCGCACCAUUUUUUUUUUUUUUACAAAGGCAGGGUCUUUACAAUUUCCAAAUGCCUUGGAUCGGAUGUGAAAUACCUGUAGUGGACAACGAACAACUUGGUUGUUUGCUAAGUCAGACAAAUAUUCAUAUUCACUGUUUCACCGUGUUCACGUUUCCUUCAAGAGUCGUACAAAUUGUAGACUAUUCUGGCACUGUGUCCCCACGUUAUGAUAUCAAGGUGCAUGAGGCUGCACUGCAAGGCAAGUCCAACUGAUUAGGUUAACUGGUUCCCAGACACUUUGUAAGUGGGUCUCGCAGUUGCCUGCUGGAUACCAGUGGAGAUGUUGUGGCUUUCUUCACCGGUAAACAGCCUCGAGUCUUGUGUUAUUUCAGUGGCUGGUAUCAGUUUAUCCCUCACCUCCUGGUCUCGUUGAAUCUCUCUGAUUUUAGUCGCCGCCUUUUUGCUUCAAAAGCGUCUUGAAGAUUUUAAACCUUUUGAAGAUUUGUGUAUGAAACUGCAAUGUGGCAUCCCCUAGCUUUUUUAUGAAAUAAACAAAUUUAAAAAGAAUACCAAAAAAAAUUUAAAAUUUGGAAAUGGAAUUUGUAAGAAAAAGCAAAUUAUUAUAAUGCAGCACUAUUGAUGCAUAAAAAGACAAUAAAUUAUUCGCGAGCCCUUUCGGUUUUUCUUUAAUACUCUUUCAUUUGUUAUGUUGAUGGUCAAAAAUUGACUUAAGAAAGUUUUCGUUAUAUUAAAAUAUAUAUUUGAUUUUUUUUCUUGGGAUUCUUCUGAGAAUUUUGAACGUGCCGUUCGGCACAGAAGACUCGUUUUUGUACAGUAGUGUAUAGACUUAUUUCUUGCUGCCUGGAAUGUACCAUUACACAUACGGGGGUGUUUAAAGAAGUCUUUUCCCACAGAAAACCACACAUUAUGGAUGAAGUUGACAUUGGCAUCCUACUUUAACCUUUCACCGUUUUUGACGUUAAUUCUUCACAGAAAAUAGCAGUAAUAUUUGUUUGUCUUUAAUAUCGAUUAUUUGUCAGUAUACGGAUUCUAUGGUGAAUGAAAGCUCUAAGCUUUCAAAAUUUUGUACAUUGAUUUCAUUAUUCCAGAAAACUUGAAUCAGGUUUGGGGUAUUGUGUUGUACUAAUUUAAUAAUUAUUUUGCCAAAACAAAAAAGGAAAAACAAACAAAUUUGCCUUUUCAAGGAGAAUGCCUUUUUUAGUAAUUACAAAAAUCUCGCUUUUUUUCGAGAGGAUGUCGAUGAUAAAAAAAAAUUCCAGGAUUUUUAACAAAGUUGGCGAGCUGGAAUUAGCAGUACCCCUUUAAAUGUCAAUCUCUGCUUAUUUAACCUUUGACCUUCAACCUUUGACCUGGUGGUUGAGCAUUAAUGCAUAUUCAUCAUUUAAUUAUGUAUUCAUGCAGCCUGUAUAAUAUUGCAUGACCAUUUUCCAAUGCAUAUCAGAUUUAAAAACAAAAACAAAACAAUUACAGACUGUGAACUGUAACCUACUUAUUCUUCUACAAAAGUUCGCCUGAGAUGAUUUGCUGGGCCUGGAACUUAACACUUGGAAUUUUCAUGAAGGAAAAUAAGAUUGAGAUAAAAAAUACUAACAAUUGAGAAAAAAAAGAAAACAUUUCAGAGAAAAGUGCUGCACUAGAUGAUGAACUUAAGUUGACAUAAAAAAAAAGAGAAAAAAAUUGGAUAUAUUAUAGUUUUAUGCGGGUUUGUUGGAUGGUGUCGAUUAUUUGUUAAUUUUUUCACUAUUCUUUCUUUAUAAAUUUAUCUUUGUCUCGUUGUUAUAUACAUAUUGAACUAUUACUACUAAAGAUGGAAGAAUUGGGGAUGCCACUGUAUUGUAAAACGUUGUAAGGAAACAAUGAAUCUUGCAAAAUUAGAAAAAGGGGGAAAAAACACAAUUUUUUAGGUAAAUACAAAUAAACUUUGUGGUGUUUAAAACCACAGUUUAUAUGCGAUAAUAAGCGUUGAGAAGACGCUGAAUUGAAUAAGAAAUUAUUUGGAAGAGGCGUGAUUUUUUUGUUCUUUAUUUUGCUUCGGGUAAAUUUGAAAAUCGAUUGAAAACAACAAUAUAUGCAAUUUCAUUUUACUAGUGUAGAGGGAUUGGAUCUCACAUUGUAAAACCCGCAAGAGACGCGGGAACCGAAAGAUUUUCGAUUGGAGAAGACAAAUAUAUAUAUACAAUUUAAAAAUA